UAUUAGUUUUCUGGUUCAAUUUCCACUUGCAAUGAACAAGCUCACAUUUAUAAGAAUUUUCCUAGCUGGUUGCAUUUUCAGCGUAUCAUAUUCAAAGAACAUUUCUACUGCAGAUCUAAAUACAGAUGAAAUUCUUUUACCACAAGAACAAGAUUUGGUUAAUAAUGCAACUGACCAAGAAAGUGUACUUAGGGAGGAAAGAGCACCUCAGGGCCUAAACGAAGUUGUUGGAGGUAUAGGUGGAAUUAUAAACGUAACAUCUUCUUUAGCCAACACCUUCAACGUAACCAGACAAGUAUUCGCGAGACUCAGAAAUUUGACUCAAGGAAUUUGCAUCGAAUGUAGAAAUAAUAAUUCGCCUAGCACACCUCCUCCAACUGAUUUUUACUACAAUAACAAUAAUUAUUAUUACGAUUAUUACGAUUAUGGCACAUCUGAUUAUAGCAGGAAAAAAAGGGAUGUGACUACUCAGGAAAGUGCUGGCAAUGAGAUCUUGGAUAGGCAAAAAAGUAAUGAAGAAGGUUCGGUAGAGGUGGAAAAUUUCAAUACCGAAAAUUUAGAGCGUCUUUACAACGCCCUCAUAACGACGUAUUUUCGUGUAAACAAAGUUAACGAAGCCACAGUCCCGGAGACUGAAAUAAACGAAAUAAUCGAUUUAAUUGAAACCAUAUUUAUUAUAUUGGUGGAUUUUAUUGAAGGAGAAGAGAUACUAUUUUCGCCAGAAGGUAAAACAUAUCCUUUUCAUUUACCGGAGGUCUACGACUAUGCUGAUUACGAAAGCGCUGAAACGUUUAAUAAACGAAUUGAUGAUUUAGAGUUGGCCAUCCCAAAACAAAUUGUAAAGAGGCAAGCUGCAACAAAUGUAGAUGAAGGAUUAAAUACAAAUACAGAAAAAGUGAUAUUAGUUGAUACUUUUUCGCAAAUGGUGGAAUCACUAUGGACAUUUAUUAAUUUUUUUUAUGAUAUUAUUCAAAAUCUUGUAAGACAAAAACGGGAUACAACUAGCUCACUGGAUUAUUUGUUUAACUUCCUGGAUAGUCUUGGAAUAAAAAAACGGAGCGCCGAAUUAUUUUUAUCGAAUAUUGAUCACUUAUCGACCAGCAAUUCAAGGAAAAAACGCUUUAUAUUGGAUUUAGGUGAAUCGUACAUUAACAGUGCAAUCGAUUUUUUGAAAAAAAUUGCCUUAGAUAAAUUUGAAGAAUUUUUAGAUUUAGUUCGUAACUAUUUAGCUGAUGCUAAUCUUGGAAAUUUAACGGGAUUGUUGAAAUUCAAAAGAAGUCUACCAUCGUCUGGGGAAAACUCCAGAUUAAAAAGAGACAUUUCGGACAAUCCAUCUGAAGAAGAGGAAGGUACAAAUGAAUUUGGUUCAUCUGAAGAAGAGGGAGAUACAAAUAAAUUUGGCUGUUAUAUAUUGUCGACGCUCCAGGAACUGUUUUCAUCCAGUCAAAUUGGCAUUCAAAAUGACUUCAGAAAAAUACUUGCCUUAGUAGGCUGUGAUGGAAAAGCAGAUGCCCAAAUGAAAAAGAAGAGGAGUGCUAGCAGCUUUGGGGCACUUUUCUCGGAAUUCCCACGACAACUUUCCGAUGUAGCUCAAUACAUUAAAGGAACGAUUCCUGGAACUGAAGGAAAUAUAAGAUCGGGUCUUGAUGUAGUACAUGGUUUUUUGGACACUACUGUUGCAGAUUUGAGGAAAAAACGAGAUGCAGGCGAUGAAACUUUGCAAGAUAUUUUACCAACAAGCGAACAACUUGACGAUUUUUUUAAACAACUGGAAGCCAGAAUUGCUGUCAAUUUCAGGGCAAUUGAAGCCACUCUAGAACAACUGCGUACUGAUGCAUCACUGUUGAAUAUUGCUCCAGUAAAUACUAAUAACCCUCCUCUUGAGUAGAAGUGGAAGCUACUAAUUUUAUGUAACUCAAAUUUUUAUUAUAAUAAUGGAUUGAUUCAUAUAUACAUUUAAUAUUUUUCUAAUGUAUUCUUGUAGAAAUCUAUUUAAAUUAAAAAGAGUUACUAGUAAAAGUGAUGUUUU